GUCACGAAAGCACGGAUAUCAAGCCUCGGCGAGGAGCAUGAGGAGGUGCGAAGAGCACAGGACAAGGUGGUGCAUCGCAUCGUUUCGCCACAGGUCCUUCAGAAGAUCGAAUCCUCCGAAGACACGGUGACGCAGGAGAUGUUCGUGCGGAUGAUUUGGCCGAAGAUCAGAUCUUUCGACUUGAAGUACGUCCUGGGAUGCUUCCGACGUUUCUUUGCUCAGGAAGCCCUCAGCCGGAUACUCUCAUCCGUGACCAAGGCACACAAGGCUGGCCAGCGUGCCGAAGUUGGCAUGUCUGCCGGGGAUCUCAGAUGGGUGUUCGACGUCUUGGACGAGGACGAUGACGGCACCUUGUCGGUCCGAGAGAUGGUCCAGCUUGGUGCUCUCGAGGUGGAAGAUGCGGUUCUCUUGACUGAGCACCUGGACAAGGACGAGGAGGGCGAGGUCAGCCUCAAGGAGCUGAUGUCUCUGGUCGGCGGCUUUGUGGGCGACGACUUCUCGGAUUCCCUGAAAGGUAUGUAUGCAUCGAGCUCCAUGGUUCCAAAGGAACUCUGGCAAUCGAAGUCCAUGCGAUGA